AAAUAAACUGUAAUACUUAAGUAGCCUAUUCUCAGCACAUUAAUCUUUGGAUUUCUUUUCGCAACACCAGACUCUUGGCGUUUUGAACUCUUCCGUGACUAAUUAAGAAAUCGUCUAUUAUGCCUACAUACGUUAUCACAGGGACUUCGAAAGGUCUUGGCUACGAGUUCCUGCGCCAGCUAUCCAGCGAUGCCAAGAACAAAGUCAUUGGGAUAGUUCGGGACAAACAAGCGACUGAGAAAAGGGUUGCCGAAGAACUCCACGGUCGAAUGAACAUACAUAUUAUUCAGGCCGACAUUACCAACUACGAAAAUUUGGAGAAUGCUGUCGCGCAGGUGGCUGACAUCAGUGGCGGAAGCGUUGACUAUCUCAUUGCCAAUGCAGCUUAUAUGUCACAAGUCGAAGCCGAGAGGUUUGGUGGCUUUGCAGCAUUGAGCAAACAACCACAAGUCCUUCAGGAAGACUUGUCAAGGUGUCUGAACACCAACGUGAUAGCUCAGAUCAACCUGAUCAACCUGUUCAUGCCGCUUAUAUUCAAAGGUCAGGUUAAGAAAGUCAUUGCUAUCUCCAGUGGCCAUUCGGACUUGGAUCUGAUCACAAAGUACAAUAUUGAGUUCGCUCCGCUGUACACGAUUAGCAAGGCGGCCCUGAAUGCAGUCAUCGCCAAGUUCAGUGCGCAGUAUUCUGAAGACGGUGUGCUCUUCCUAUCUGUUUGUCCAGGCAUGGUUGACACGGGAAGUAUUGCCGAAUUGACCGAAGUAGAAACGAAAGCAUUGACGCGCAUGCUGGGUAAGUUCCAAGAGUAUGCGCCUCAUUUUAAGGGCCCAGCCACUCCAGAAGCAGCUAUCAAGGAUGUUCUUUCAGUGAUAGAGCGAUCAAGUGUUGAGAAUGGCAAUGGUGGCAGUUUCCUGUCACACUUGGGAACUAAACAGUGGCUGUAGAUGGUGUUGAGAAGAUGCAUACGCCUAAGGCGCUCAAGCGUCUUUCGCACAGCUUACCUUCGGUCAGGCCGGGCAUUUAUUAAACACUCCCUAUUGUUAGCCUCUUCAAUUCACGUUGGUUAUUGCAAUUAUGACAAUUCUCCACUCAAGAUCAGACAGAUAGCUUAGCACGCUCAUGACAAU